AUGUCAAUGGAUUUUCUACAGGUGUCCAGUCCGUCAAUCUUUCCGGUCAAAGACCUUGUCGGCGCCUUCAUAGCUCUCAAUCUUUGCGCCUGUGUCGUGGUCUUCGCAUGCCGGAAAUGGAAGUCCUUUGCCCAUCACACCGCUAGACCUGCUACCCCAGACCUGGAGAAACCAGCGUCAAAAUUCAGCAAUCGAGAGAAGAUAACACGUAAAUUUGGCGAGUGGAAGCCGUCGGAUUUCAAGAGGCCUACCGCGACACCUUUGCCAGACUGGGACGUUCACAAGUCCAAGCCGAUUCCGUAUCGGCCUUUUAGAUAUGGCCCGAAAUACUUUGUCACUAUGGGAUUGAGGAGUAUGAAGUGGGACGAAUGGAUUGAACUCGACAAUCAUUAUCUCAAAUACCACGCUGAUAAAAAGAAGCGCAUCGAAGAGCGUGGCGAGAAAUGCUACGGCACCGCACCGGAAGCAAUGGACGGCGCAAUCGAGCUUCUCGAAGAACUAUGCGACUACCUCCCCGAACGCUACCCAACAAUGUUCCAAAAGACCCCAACCGGCAUCACGAACACCAUCACCAACGAAACCUUCGACAUAACCCAGCGCCCCCUCCCAGAAGACCCCAUGGCCACAGCAGCGCGCCUAGUCCAAGACGACCUAGCCCUGAUGUUCGAACGCCCGGACGGCGAAUACUACCUCCUCGCCGGCGCAAUCCUGCUCGCCGGGUUCUGGCGUCUCAGCGAUAAAUUCGGCAUGCCACUCUCCGAAAUCCACACUUCGGGGAGCGUGCCCCAAUUCCAGGAGAAGCUCCAGCGCGGCAUGAUGAAUUUCUUCCGCCGACUAAAGCCCGAAGAGCCCGUGCUGAGGAACAACUAUUUCAUUCAGGUGGAUGAUAAUCUGCCGUGGUCGCACAGUAUUGGGUCUGAGGAUGCGGAGACGGUAUCGUGGAGUACAGCGGAGAAGAACAAGGCUAUUGAGCAUCACUUUUUCAGGUCGGAGAGGCAGUCUUUGAGGAGGUUGCCCAGGUCGGGGGCGGUUGUGUUUACUAUUCGAACGUAUUUUGAGCCCAUUACGGAGAUUGUUAAGGAGCCGUACGUUCCGGGCCGGUUGGCUUCUGCGAUUCGGAGUUGGGGGGAUGAUGUUUCGAGGUAUAAGGGGAAGGCAAAGUAUGAGGAGGUGCUGUUGGAGUAUUUGGAUGCAAAGCAUGAGGAGCAGGUGAAGGCGGGAUUGGAGUUGGAUAAGGAGGAUGAAGUGCGGAGUUAUCCUUUAUGA